AUGUGGUUUAUGAGUCUCGCCAUGGCGAGUGGAUUCUGGGCAGUGCGAAUGACUGAACGUGCGAAGUUGAUCUCUGCGUUUGUCUGCCCGUUCGGCCACUUUCAAUGGAUCAGAAUGCCUUUUGGAUUGAACAAUGCGCCGUUAAUUUAUCAGAGCAUCAUCAACAACUGCCUGUGGGGAUUCGUCCGUCUGCCUCCUGAGGAGGAAGCUAUAGUUGACCCAGAAGUUCUUGAGUUCCUGGAUCUCGAGCCUCAAGAAGCCCUGAAACCUGAAGUGGAUGUGAGGAAUUCAGAGAUUCCAUCAUUGGACAUGACUGUAUUCCGACGCAAUAUUCCGGCUCGUCACAAAUGCGUCCGAAGUUCGUAUAUUGACGAUAUCGCUCAUGGGUCGUCGACCUGGGACCAACUAUGUGAGGACCUGGACGCGUUGUUAUACAGACUACGAUACUGGAAUAUCUCUGUAAGCUUACCGAAAAGUGAAUUCGGAAAGUUGACUAUCCCAUUCCUUUCUCAUGAAGUGAGUGCGGAUGGAAUCAGAGCCUUGCCGAAGAUUGUCAAAGGCAUAGAGGACUUACCUUUCCCGUCGACGUACAAGGGAGUGCAGUCCUUCUUAGGAAGUCUGAAUUAUUACAACAAGUUUAUUGAAGACUUGCCAGUAGUCGCCGCUGUGCUCUAUAAACUAGAUAAAGAACGCGUACGUGCUGGACGGAACCUGGAAGCCGCAAAGGAGUCUUUCGAGAUACUGAAACGUAAGAUCGUGUCGACCCCGCUGCUGCGACAUCCAGACAGAAAUAAGCCUUUCGUGAUCAUUCCGCAUGCUAGCCCGUGGGCGACGAGUGCAGUUUUGGGUCAGAAGCGAGAAGGACUCAUACACCCAGUACGAUUUACUGGCAGAGUGUUGAAGAAAUCAGAGCUACGUUACCAUAUAGAUGAGAAGGAAGUACUCGCAAUCUUGCGGACUUUGGAAGUUUUCAGACCUCUGAUCCACGGAUCAGAAUCCCCGGUUGUGGUGUAUACGCGUUACUCUAUACUAAAAUGGGUACUACAAUCCAACACUGCAGAUGGACGACAUCUGAAGUGGGGGCUGGAACUAUCGAGAUGGACACCGGAAAUCCAUCGGACUCAGAAAGAUGAGGACGGCCUUGCGGCUAUCCUUGGGUCUGGUAUUACUCCCAGGGAACAUUUAGAUGAAGUUGCAGAAACCCUGAUUCCUGCCAAGGGGCUGAGGCUGGAAAUGUUGAAAGGAGACUAUCAAGGCUACGUUCUGAGUUUCGAUGGCGCUGCGAAGGUUUUUACUCACCGAGGAAGUUGUGGAUGCACACUGUGGAAACUGCCGAGAUGGCAGGUUGUGAAAGCUGAAGGACACAUCCUACAAGGUGUGACGGUCAACGAUGCUGAAUACCAUGGUUUGAUUCUGGGGAUAAAGCUCGCAAUGAAGUAUGACGUCAAGGGGCUUGUGGCAGUCGGUGAUUCCCGAAUCGCCGUCCAACAGGCUCAGAGUCUAAUCAAUUGCAACCAGCCUAGCUUGCAACGACGCCUAGCUGAGUACGAUGAUCUGAGGAAUAUUUUUUUGACUGUGAAGUUGAUUCAUCCUUCGGAAAUUCCAGGUACCCCUGUGACCGAUUCGGUUCGCUCGGACCAAGUCGAACUUGGGACGUGUAACUCCAAUGCCGGGAUACCUGAAUCUUUAGCUGCCGCGGCUGAGGCAUUGAUGGUGAUGACGAGAUCACGUGCGGAAGCGGACACAAGUUCCCUGAGUCCUGUAGAUCAGUCUGAAUACCAGGAUGAAAGUUGGAGGAGAAUAAAGCUUCACCAAGACGAAGAUCUAUUGAUCCAGCAGAUGAAAAAGGUUCUCACAGGAGACGUAUCAGAUCUUCCACGGAAUCAGGUGAAGAAGAUUGCGAAGGCUUCUGAUCAGUUUGUGUUGGACUCACGAGAAGUCAUCUACAGACUAAGUACACCCACUCCUGAGAGGCCCCGCAACAAACAGUCGGAACUCAGACUGGUGGUCCCAGAGACUUUACGUGCUGACAUGUUACACUAUUCGCACGAAGACUUCCAAGGCGGUCACCAAGGAACCAAUCGGACGUUUGAGCGUUUGCGCUCAGAGUUCUACUGGAUCGGGAUGUACGCCGAUGUGCAGAAGUUUGUGAGAGAGUCUGUGGAUUGUGCGUCAGCCAAGGGGCGACCACCGGUCCUUGGCCCGUCACCUGGAAAUAUCGAACCGAGAUAUCCGUUCGAGGUGGUUUCUAUGGAUUUUGUCACUGAGUUACCUGAGUUGAUCGUGGAAAUGCAUACUUGUUGCUAUUCCAAGAUCAAGUCUCAGGAUACGUCAUGUGCAAACCCAUGCGGAAUACCGAAGCCCAAGAUGUUGCUGAGGCAUACGAAGAGUGUGUAUUCAGAAGAUUUGGGGCGAGUUCAAUGA